AUGCCCAAAAAGCAGAAGAGAUCUUUCGUUUAUAAGCCCAGCAGCAGCUCACACCCUUCGCUCAACUGCACGCCUCGUGAUAAUGGCCAGCUACGAAGACCCACAGGCUCUACCCUCUCGGAUGCGCCCUCAGUCAAUGAUCUGAUCGGUCACCUUCGUCGCACCCAAGUCCCUGCGCUUUCUGACAGCGGCCCGGAAAGUCCAUCCCGGGCUUUUGCUUCUCAUCGCUCAGUUCACCCUUCUCUGCACUCCUUCGCCUCGGCCUCGCCCUCAAACUCGCCGUACAGGGAUCGGGGGCGACCACUACGAUUAGCCCCUGGGCCUUUGCCACCUCAAAGCUGGCUCACAGAUGGCGGAAGCGACCCCUACCAGUCAUCCGAGAACCCCGAGCGGGCAGCUUCUGAACUCGAAAGAGUUCAUAUUUUUCGUAUCGAUAGAUUGCCCGGGGCUGUCUUCCCUGCAGAGACAAGUCUCCUCCAUGGACUCCUCAAGACUAUGGCCCUGAACUGGGCCUGGCACUUGGAUUAUGAUGGAAUAUUCGUGGCUCAACUCCCUACGCAUCUGAAAGAGCUCUUGCUUAGCUAUGUAGCACUAUAUGCUGUUGGCGAAAGGAAUCAACCUUUGAAAGGACGCAUGAAGGGAUUGAAACCGUUAUUUUUGACAGCAUCGGACCACGAGGAAGCUACUCAAGAUGAAAUAGAGGCUGACAAGAAGGCCGAUGCCGCUAUCUUCCGUUUGGAUCUGAGCUAUGCGCUUGGAUAUUGGAUGACGUUCAAGCAACUUUCCAAGGAGUUAUUCCUAUCCCCAAGGCCAGUGACUAGGACGCUAUCAGGUGAAUUUGACGAAUGCAUUCCCACAUCAUGGGAUGACGUUCAAGAUGAUGAACAUAUGGGGGCAAAAAUGAAUGAGGGUAAAGAUAGUUCUAUGGCGAUAAGCGCGGCGACCAAUGUGAUUCCCAAAUCUUUGAGUCAAGGCCUUCGCUUCAGUAACUUGCGUUACUUGUCCCUUGGACACCCUGUCCCCGCUGCUGCAAGCUGGAACUCUCUUCUUCAUCUCCUCUCGCGCCUUUCAAUCAUCACUCACCUGUCAUUGGCCCAUUGGCCCGCACCAACUCGCACUCCCAAUAAUCCUAAACUUCGCAUUCGUCCGCCCGGGCAUCGCGGACCUGCUCUAGUCCAUGGUGGGACAGACAUGUAUUCUGGUAUCGAGAACAACUGGGCCGAAGCGGCAGGGAUCCUCCGCCAGCUGUCUCGCUAUACAUACUGUCUAAAAUGGCUUGACUUUGAAGGCUGCACCGAAUGGCUUCCUGCUCUAGUUUGGACGGGGACUGAUCCAGAUGGCAGGCCGAGUCGGCCCGGCUCCUCAGGCCCAGAGUGGAAUGGCUCCUGGAGAGAUGUCGAAUGGAUUGGUAUGGGACCUGGUUUUGAACUACCUCCAGAAAUUGACUCUAUCGACGUAUCCGCCAACAUUCCCGACAGCUCCUUGGCUGCUUCAAUCCACGCUCCGGUGGGCGCUUUUGAGAGCCUCAAUCUACAUCGUGAUAUCCCUGCGCACGACGAUCUUCCUUGGGAUGUGGAGCAAGAGCGGUUUCUCAAAAGACGGGGGAAAGAGCGUGCUGCCUGGAAAGAAGCAUGCGGAAAGGCAUAUGAUGUGCAGAAUCAAAUUCAAAUUAUUCGGAGACUGGAGAAGGGCAAAUGGCUCUUUGCUUCUGUUGCAGGUGACCUCCACGAUAACAGCCCUAGAAAGAAUCUCUAA